UUUUUAUAAUUUAAAAUAUCACAAUCGAAAACAAAUAAAUUGUUUUUACCUAAGGUUAAGUGUCAAAUUUGAGAGAUUAAUGCAAUUUGCUAAAGCAGAACCUAAGCUUGAUGUACCUUCAUCACCAAUUUUAUUCCAACUUUUUAAAUAUUGAAGAAAAAAUAUAUCAUUAAAUA